AUGCUUUCUGGGGGUCAAUUUCGAUAUUCCUUCUGGGGGUCUGUCGCUGAAACUUUAAAACGCGGUCAACCAGUUGAGCCAGAAAGCUAUCAACAAGUGACUAUUUACUUCAGUGAUAUUUGUGGCUUCACGGCAAUUUCUGCAGAAAGCACGCCAAUGCAAGUGGUAGCCUUGUUGAAUGAUCUGUACACACUGUUCGACUCCAUCAUCCAUAAUUAUGAUGUAUACAAAGUGGAGACCAUAGGCGAUGCGUAUAUGGUAGUCAGCGGCCUUCCAAUACGAAACAGUGAUAAUCACGCGGGCGAAAUUGCUUCCAUGUCCCUGCACCUGCUGUCAGCAAUCAAAACUUUCAAGAUCAGCUAUAAACCAAACGAAGUGCUUCGCUUACGAAUAGGAAUUCACUCAGGUCCGUGUGUGGCCGGAGUUGUCGGCCUUAUUAUGCCUCGCUACUGUUUAUUCGGAGACACAGUCAACACAGCAUCGCGAAUGGAGAGUAAUGGAGAGUUAUACCCUUUUUAUUUUUUUUUUUAUUUGCUUUAUUUUUUCGCGUUUUCGUCUUUUAUAAUCAUCUUUUUCUUCAUUUUUUAUUUUUCUUUACUUUUCAUAUUUUUUUUUUCCCCUUUCUUAUUUUUCUUUUACUUUCCUUUUUUUUCUUUUUUUUUUUCUUUUUUAACCUUUGUUUUUUUCUACUUUUCUUUUUCCGGUUUCUCUUUUUUUCAUUUUCUUCCUUUUUCUUAUUAUAUUUUCCUCCUUUACUUUCUUUCUUAG